AUAUUGUACAACCAGUCACUCCGCCCUGGAGUGAUUUUUCGAAUUUCGAGCUAGUUUAAAGGCUCGUGAAACUUACUGAACAGUUCCUGUAAACCGGUACGUGUAUGAGAACGUCAAAACUGAAAUCUGUCGCAAUGGAUUCGUUGGCUGCAUUAAGACAAAAGUUUCAAAACUCUACGAAGAUGCUUUUGAAGAGAGUAGCGCGUUUGAUUGAGCGGGUUUAUAAAUCUCACUGCUUUAGAUUGAUCUGGAUUAUAUUAAGCAGAAAAAUGAGCCAAGGCAGGGACGAAGCUACAACGUUAUCUGACAGGCAACUGAGAGUUCUUGUCCUUAAUAACGGGGAACAUCAGGAUGGCACGCUAUAUCGAUUGCGUAAAGGGUGGCAAGUGCAAUUCAGACUUGGACCUUCCUUGCUUGGAAAAAAUAUUAAUAUUUUUACGAAUCACCCACUAGAAGUCAACCAGAAGUUUGAAAGAACUUCUUACUAUCAAUUGCUUUUGGUCAAUGAUUCUGCAGACUUAACACUAGCAUUGGCAGGUUCAUUCCAUUAUUACAUCACAGAUGAUAGGGAGGCAAGCAAUGAAACCCCGAUUGCAUCUGGAUAUCUUCUAGUGGAUCCUGAACUACACAUAGGUGGUGGUAAAGAAAUCCUUCCUUUGGAUUGUAUUCAAUGUCAAACAGUCCUGUCGAAGGGAUUGGGACCGCUACCAACUUGGGAGGAAAAGCUACUUGUUGCUAAAAAUUCUGGAUAUAAUAUGAUACAUUUUUCACCAAUUCAGGAACUUGGAGGAUCGAGAUCUUCGUACAGUUUGUGCAAUCAAUUGAAAUUGAACCCAUCAUUCCACAGCGAUGACAAGGAAGUGACAUUCGAAGAUAUCGAAAAGUUGAUAUCUAAAAUAAGAAAUGAAUGGAAUGUACUCAGUGUUUGCGAUAUAGUUUUGAAUCAUACAGCUAAUGAAAGUUCAUUCUUAAUUCAACAACCAGAAUGUGCGUACAACUGUUUGAAUAGUCCUCAUUUACGUCCAGCCUAUAUACUAGAUGCAGUAUUAUUUGAAUUGACUAUCCAAGUCGCGGCUGGAGAAUGGGAAUUCAAAGGCAUUCCUCCUGUGGUGGAAAAUGAAGAACAUUUAAAUUCAAUCAGACACGCUUUACACACGCACUUUCUACCACUUGUGAAAAUUUAUGAGAUGUUUAUACUAGACAUCAAGGACAUAGUAGCCGAAUUUUUGAGCCUGGCACGAAAUCAGGUACCUCAAGAAUCAAUCGCAGGAGAUGUCGAAGAUGAUAUUUGUGUCAUAACAGAUCCGCAAUUUCGUAGACUGAAGGCUACGAUAGAUAUGCCCCUUGCGUUACGAGUUUAUAAUGUUUAUAGAGCCAAUUGCUUUGAUGAAGAAACACGACUGAAGCUAUGUGCGCAAGAGUUGAAAUCAAAACUAGAAGAGCUCAAUGGAGCUAUAAUCAACGAAGUACAAAACCAUUUGAAUGCUGCAGUUGAAAAUACAAUAGCUGGUAUUCGGUAUUUUCGGGUACAAGCAGAUGGACCUAAACAGAAGGAAGUCAGCGAGAGAAAUCCACUUGUUCCCAGAUAUUUCACGGACUAUGGAACUCCCUCAUCUUUAUCUGAACGAGAAUCAAUUAUGUAUUCUGAUACAGGAUGUUACCUAAUGGCGCAUAAUGGCUGGGUCAUGAAUAGCGACCCUCUAAAAAAUUUUGCUGACCCAGACUCUACUGUCUAUUUACGCAGAGAGUUGAUUGCUUGGGGUGACAGUGUAAAACUUAGGUACGGAAACUCACCUGAAGAUUCUCCAUUCCUUUGGCAGCAUAUGACGAAGUAUGUUGAACUCACUGCCAAAAUUUUCGAUGGCAUCCGAUUAGAUAAUUGUCAUUCAACUCCAAUUCCAGUUGCAGAGUAUCUGCUGGAUGCUGCGCGCAGAGUUAAUCCUAACUUAUAUGUUGUUGCCGAGCUCUUCACCAAUUCCGAUCAGAAGGAUAACAUUUUUGUAAAUCGUCUUGGGGUGACCUCACUAAUCAGAGAGGCAAUGUCAGCAUGGGAUAGUCACGAAGAAGGCAGAUUGGUAUAUCGCUAUGGGGGUGAGCCGGUUGGGGCAUUCUUGCAACCUCGACAUCGUCCUUUGGUGCCAAACAUUGCUCAUGCCUUAUUUAUGGAUUUAACUCACGAUAAUCCUAGUCCAGUGGAAAAACGCAGUGUAUUUGAUUUGCUACCAAGUACAGCUCUUGUGUCCAUGGCAUGUUGUGCUAGUGGCAGUAAUCGUGGAUACGAUGAAUUGGUACCACAUCACAUUCACGUCGUCGAUGAAACCAGACAAUAUACAUCGUGGACAGAUAAUGACGAACUAGCUGAAAAAAAUGUACAUCUUGUAGGAUGUAAAAGUGGUAUAAUUGCAGCUAAAAAAGCCUUGAAUGACUUACACUACUGGCUUGGAAAACAAAAUUUUUCUCAGGUAUUUGUUGAUCAAAUGGACCCUGACAUAGUAGCAGUGACCAGGCAUUCACCUAUUAGUCAUGAAAGCGUGGUCUUAGUUGCAUUCACGUCAUUUAAGCAUCCUGAUGCUAACGCGAAAGAUUUAAGACGGUAUAUCAAACCCCUUCGCGUUGAAGGAGUCAUUGAUGAGAUACUGUUGGAGGCAUCUUUAUCCCACAAUGAUACCACAAAUGCUAAAUUACCGUUCCAAAAACCAGUGCAGUAUACGCGGGAUGAAGAUGUUAUAAAUGGUUUGUCAGAAUAUGAAUUGGAUAUUAAAGAACACAUCCAAAUUUGUGACUCUACUAUCGUGGAAAAGGUUGACUCUGGUGAUCCAAAAAUUACGCAGCUUAAUUUUGUUAACUUUCAACCUGGAAGCAUAUUGGCAAUUCGCGUUUCUCUACAUGUCAAUAUUAAACCUGCACUUGACAAGCUCCAGAAUACUAUUAAAACCAUCACUUCAACUGAAAAUUCUGACUUACGUGUCAUUGUCUCUCGGAUGAGUUUACCAGAUCUCAACAGAGCUUUGUAUCGCUGUGAACAAGAGGAACGUGAUGAAAGUUCGGGAGCUCUUGGUGUUUACGAUAUACCUGGAUAUGGCCCGCUAGUUUAUGCUGGAUUGCAAGGUUUCAUUUCACUACUGGCUGAAGUUCGUCCAAAUAACGAUCUUGGACAUCCAAUGUGCAUGAACCUUAGACAGGGUAACUGGAUGAUAGACUAUAUUUGGCAAAGGCUCAAAAGAGAUGAAGGAACAGCAGCUCUUGGCGAUUGGAUUGAAAAGGCUGUGGAACCAUUCCAAGUAAUUCCUCGAUACUUAGUACCGAGUUACUUUGAUGUUAUUGUUACGAAUGUCUACAUGACUUUGUUGGAUCAAUGCUAUGCGCUGAUGUCCAGUUUUGUUCGAAACGGUUCAACGUUCACGAAGCUAAUGUCCUUAAUCUCCGUUCAAAUGGGUGGUGUUAUAAAAUCAGCUCAGUUACCGGAUUUAUCGCCGAACUUGGCUGCUCCUAAACCAAAAAUUAAGGAGGUUGACAAUUCGAAAAUGCAAUUGUGCUUGACAUUAGCUGCAGGUCUGCCCCAUUUCUCUGUUGGAUAUAUGCGAAACUGGGGUAGAGAUACGUUUAUCGCAAUAAGAGGAUUAUUAAUUCUGACUGGCAGAUACAACGAUGCCAGGUAUAUUAUUUUGGGAUUUGGUGGGACACUGCGACAUGGUCUCAUACCUAAUUUACUCGACGGAGGAAAGAAUUCAAGAUACAAUUGUCGAGAUGCUGUUUGGUGGUGGCUGUAUACUAUUCAAAAAUAUGUUGAGGAAGUCCCAGAUGGCAUAAAGAUUCUCAAAGAUGUCGUUUCGAGGCUCUACCCAACAGAUGAUUCUCCUGCUCUACCAGCUGGACAAGAGGAUCAACCAUUGCAUGAUGUAAUUCAUGAAGCCCUUACCGUACACUUCCAAGGCCUUUGCUUCCGUGAACGAAAUGCUGGAAGAAAAAUUGAUGAACACAUGACAGACCGAGGCUUCAAUAAUCAAAUUGGAGUACAUCCAGAAACUGGUUUUGUUUUUGGCGGAAACGACGCUAAUUGUGGUACCUGGAUGGAUAAAAUGGGCUCUUCGGAGAAGGCUGGGAAUAAGGGGAAACCUGCUUCACCAAGAGACGGGUCUGCAAUUGAAUUAGUUGGAUUGAGCAAAAGUAUUCUUACCUUCUUGGCAGAAUUGUAUAGGCAAAAUAUGUUUCCUUAUGGAAGUGUUCAGAGGAAACACCGUGAUGGAUCUAUUGUAACGUGGAGCUAUAAACAGUGGGCUGAUAAAAUCGGAGCAAAUUUUGAAACUUAUUAUUACGUAAAUGAAAAACCUACGGAUGGAGAGCUGAAACCAGAAUUAAUACAUCGACGUGGAAUCUACAAAGAUAGUCACGGUGCCACACAACCAUGGGCCGAUUAUCAACUUCGGCCGAAUUAUCCCGUUGCUAUGGUCGCUGCUCCGGAAAUGUUUGACCCACACCAUGCUUGGACAGCGUUGAAACAAGCGGAGGAAAUAUUGUUGGGUCCAUUAGGCAUGAAAACAUUAGACCCUGCUGAUUGGGCAUACAAUGGCUACUAUGAUAAUGCUAAUGACUCAAAUGAUAUUAAACUAGCGCAUGGGUGGAACUAUCACCAGGGGCCGGAAUGGGUUUGGCCAAUAGGAUACUUCCUUAGAGCGCGUCUCCAUUUUGCGUCAUUGGUUGGUGGCGAAGACGAACUUCGCAGAACAAUAGAAUCCACCGAAGCUAUUAUAUCCAAACAUUUAGUUGAAGCAUCUACCAAUCAUUGGAGAGGACUUCCAGAAUUGACAAACAAAGACGGCGAAUAUUGCCGUGACAGCUGCCGCACACAGGCAUGGAGUGCUUCGUCAAUUAUCGAGGUUCUCUUCGAUUUGGAUAAAAUAAAACAAGGAUUGUCUUCUACUGGAAAGAUUGCAUCAAACUGAUAUAAUUUUGCGUGUGUUCACCACCGCCACUUACACUUAGAAUAUUUGAAGCUAGUAAAAGAUCGUAUCGCAGAAGGUAGACAAAGCCACGAGAGUAUUUGUACUAAUGAAGAUACAGUAGCUGCACUUUGCACGGAGACACACGCAUAUGUUACUCCGCCAAUAGACUUAGCACAAGCACAAUUACAGCACACUAUCAAUUUUGGAAUUAUUUCCGAAACUGAAGCGUAUUCCAAUAAUAGGUCAAUUAAUGAUCUACCAGUUGGAAAUGCAGACACAGAAAUCGAAGCUAACGCGUCUGUUGCUAUGAAUUGUCCACUUUUCCAUGUCGAUGAAAACUUAAAAAAAGAUGUACCUAACUUAGAAAAACGAAGCUCUGAAAUCAUUAACGAUGUUGCGCAACUUAUGUAUGGCGAAAAAUUAUACUCUGAGGAGUCAGGAAAUUCAUCAAGUCAAUACACAUCAAGAAAGAUUCGUAGUAGACAUGCUAUUGAACAACCGACAGAGAAUAAACCCUAUCACAUAAAUGUUAACGCACUUCCCAUCAACCGUUCAUUACACUUGGAUUCCAAAGUUCGACUAAGUAUCGAUGUUUCUAAAGCCCAUCCAACUGAUCACAUUUAUGAAGAGAUUGGAAUAGCUACAGAGUCGCCAAAUAUUUCAAAAUACGAUAUUUCGGAUUACUAUGAAAAAUAUAGCCCCACAACAGCUAAGAUGCUGAUAGACACAUUAUCUCUACCCAAUUACAAAAUUUGCAAGAUCUGUGCAGCUAAGCAAACUAGUGUUGUGUACAGUGAUCGUUUAAUUAGAUUUAAUAAGCCACUUUACGCCAAAGAAGUGACUUUAUAUCAAAUAGAAACUUCUCUCUACUUUAGGUAUACUAGUAACAUGACAUUUUACUCUAAUUUCGGGCGUAUACAUCAUGAUCUUGAUUCUGAAAACUUUAUACCCGUUUAUAAUCAAAGGAAGUCAAAUACUCCUGGAAUAUUUUAUUCAAAUAAUUCGUCCACAGACAUCUUCGAUUUGAAAUCGACUUUGGAGCCAACCAUAAAAUUAAUAGAUAAUGUUUUUCACGGGCUAGCUGACACCGAAUUAUAUCACCGAAGUACAACCCAUUUUUUCAAUCGGAUAUCCAGAAACGGCUUUGCUCCCAUGGUAUUUAAUAGCGAUGCGAAACAUUUUCUGCAAACAAUUAAAAGCAUUGGCUAUGAAACAGAUUUGAAGAAUUGGAUCAAUUAUCGCCAGAAUGCAGUGAAACUGCGAAGUUCAAAGUCACAUGAAUUGCCCCUAUCUGUUAUCGAACCUCAUCCAGAUAGAUCUAGUUUGUUAUUACUUGAGCCUUUGCUGUUUAUGCCAGAUAUAUCAAAUCCUAGACGAAAAAAGGCCAAGAAUCGUAUCACACGUUCUGAACGUUUGAAGAUAGUAAGAAUGAUGAUCGCCUAUACGUUAGCGUUCUUCCUUUUGGCAAUUAUUACGUUUUAUAUAAUAUAUUUCAGUUGAGCUAAGCAAAAUUUAUACGAUUAUUUAAUUGAUUAUAUCAAAAAUUUCAAGUAAUUUAUGGAUUGACCACAGAUAGAUUCUAUUGUCAAGUGAUUUAUAUGCACAAAUAUUUUUGGAUCGUUAGCAAACAAAAGUGACAAUAAUUCCUUCAAAAUUACAAGCAUAUGUAUAUUUUUUGCUCCUCGUUUUUUUGUAUAUGUAUAUCAUACAAACACGAUCAUAAAUCAAUUCAAAUUUUCAUGUUUCAUAAUAGUAUUUUAUAUGGCGAGAGCUUUUAAUUUUGUAACCAAUCCAUCGAUUACACUAUUCAAUCAAGCUGAAGCAGCCCGAACACCCCACAAAUUUGCCGUUUAUAUCACAGAUAUGUAUAGACAGCUCUUGACCAUGACGGAUGAUGGUUUACUCUAUUCACUGAUGUGUGGAGUAGCUUCAAUCUUGCUCUGAAUAUAAAUAUUUUAUUCAAAAGUUUUGAUUUGGUGUGACGGAUCAUAUGCUUGGAUACAGUUUUGGAACCCAUGUAGACUAUAUCUAAUCAACAGGCCAAAUUUAAAUCGCACAAUCGAAAUUAAUCACUUACAUAUUUCAAUUAUAAAUGUUCUCGUACUAAUUUAGUUGCAAACAGUCAUUUUUCAUUGAAACUGUCUUGAUCCUAUAAAAAAGUUUCAGAAAAAUGUAGAACAGAAGAAAAAACAUAAUAGCUUUAAUUGUGAGUAUAAAGAGGUAUAGAUGAUACUAUUUCUUGUAUUUUAUAUUCUUGUUGUUAUUUUUUAUGGUCGCAAUAAAUCGUCAAGACUGUGUUUAAAUGUAGUGGUUUUGGGAAUUGAGGGAUUAACUAAUAUUCAUAAAAAGCUUUACAGAUUUGUUCUAAAUGAAUGACAAAAAAACAUGUUUUUAAUAAAAUGCACACCAACGUUUUAAUAGGUAGUUAUGCUUAUUAUUGUUAUUACUAUCAUUAUAAUUAUUAUUACUGGUUACCUGUGGUACACAGUGGAAAUAUAUAUUAUAUACAACCUUAAACAUUUUGUCCUUAACACUGAAUCCCGGUUGAAAUGAUCAUGCUUUCUAUGCU